AUGGCGGCCGGGCUGGGGCCGCGGCUGCUGGCCUUGGCCUUGGCCUUGGCCUUGGCCUUGGGGCCGGCCGGUGUGUGUGCUGAAUUGAUGCUGGUGGAGUCUGGUGGACGUCUUCGAGUACCCGGGGAAUCCGUGCACCUCUCCUGCCGGGGAUCUGACUUCAACUUUGAAAUUUACAGUGUUCUGUGGUACCGUCAGGCACUUGGUGGCAGUCUUCAGUGGCUGUCCUAUAUUAGCCCUGACUCCUCAUAUAUAAGAUAUGGCCCAGCAGUGAAGGGCCAAGCCACAGCCUCUCGAGACAAUUCCAAGUCUAAGACAGGUCUGUCCCUGAAUAACCUGCACCUCCAGGACUCAGCCCGCUAUUUCUGUGCUGUUCACACAGGGACAGGAAAUCUAGGUGCUACUGCUCCUCUUAUCUUCGGGAAGGGGACUCAACUGACCGUGGAGCCAAGCAAUCAGAAAGAUUCUGACCCAGAAGUCAUUCUGAUAAAAUCAAAGCUACUUGAAGAAGGUGGCAGUACUGGGAAAGCAGCUUGUUUGGCAAGGAAUUUCUAUCCAAAGAAUAUCAAUUUGAACAUGUUACCUGCUGAAGUCAUAUAUGAACAGAAUACACCUAUUGUGACACCAGAAGGGACAUACGAUACUAUUAAAGUGGUCAAUGUGACAAAAGCCUCAGAAGUAUCCUGCACGGCCAACUUCAAGGGCAAUUUUUUUCCAGCCAAUGCAACAUCAUCAGAAAAGGUGGUUGAAGAACCAACAACAAAUGUUUGCAACACAACAGACACCUCUUCAAAAGGAGAUAUCAAAACAGAGAAAACAAACAUGCUGUCCAUGGCUGUGUUGGGUUUACGAGUCCUGCUGGCAAAAAGUAUCGCCUUCAAUACACUCAUGAGCAUCAAGUUGUUUCUUUUCUGAGUCAAAGAGGAAUCAAGGCAGCAGAAAGCUGAGAAACAGCAGGAGAGAGCAGUUACCAGCAGUACAAUUUGAAGAGAUGAUGUUAAAUCUGUUGACAACAACCAUCUAGAACACAGCACAGCACCAUCUCCUUAAGACAUUUCAGAGUGUGGACUCCUGCCUAGAUAGUUUAUAUAAUUUUUAGAGUUGUAAUUGCUUUUGCUAUUUCUUGUUUUCUGUGAGCAGAGAAAAGUAUUUUUCCUCAUCUGUCAGCUAAGUAGAAAUUGAUCCUUCCACUUUUCUAUCCUUUGCAUGCAAGCAUCCAACCUGCUUUGACAGUUUUGAAAAAAAAUUGAAACCUCAAUAUCGAUAUAUGAACUUUUAAAAAUACCUUUUUACAGCAAUGUUGCAUUAUUCUGUAGAACUGAUAUUUUACUUCUGAGAGAGGCACAGUAGGUGUUAUUUAUAUAUAUAUAUAUUUUAAGAUACCUUUAAUAACCAUAAUUUUCUAGUAUAGAUGAGAAGAGCUGCGUUGGAUCUGAAGGGAUGCACUUCAACCAGAUAAUAUUCAACUGUAGUAACAUUUUUAUUUACAUUUCUUUGUUAAAUUUGAAUCUUUUCUGCAAAGUGUAUGGCAUCUGCAUUUUAUGUUACUGUGGCGAUUAUCAAAAUAAAAUUUUAUUACAUC